AUGGCGCACCGGUCCUGGUCGGUGCUGGCCUCCCUGCUGCUGUGCGUGGCUGUGGUGGAAGCAGCCACUGGGCGGUGGUGCAAGAGGACGGUGCAGGAUACGGCGGAGGAGGAGGUGACACCGCGGCGCGAGGACGCAGUGCCCUGCGCCAGCCUCUACCACUACAGCCUGGCGGGAUGGCGGAUCGACAGGGACCGAAUGCGCCGGGUCUAUGGUGGGGAGCACGGUGAGCCCCAGCCUGACUCUGGCACCCCCCUCUGUUACAUCUACCGGCCCCCGGAGACAAGGCCGGUGGUGUGGAACCGCACGGUGCUCGCCUGCUGCCAGGGCUGGAGUGGGCCCCACUGCACCGAAGGCGAAGGCUUGCUGGGGCACUGCUAUGGCACGUGGCAGUGCCAGGACACCGCUGGCAGCCGCAACCUGUCUGCUAUGAGCCUGUCCCAGUGCUGCCGGCACCCCUGGGGGCACAGCUGGAGGAACGGCUCCAGUUCCAGCGCACCGUGCCUCUCCUGCACCCGCCUGCCCCUCACUGGAGAGGUGUCCCCACGGCCAUCACCUCCUGUGUCCCUGCAUGGAGCGGCCGCCCAUCACCGGGGCCUCAGGGCUGGCUGCAUGACCUGGGCAGGGUCCCACUACCGCACCUUUGAUGGGACACACUUCCACUUCUCCGGCGAGUGCACCUACACCCUGGCCGCUGCUGCUGACGGCGCUUGGGCCAUCGCCAUCACUGCCGGCCGUUCCCGGGCACUGCGCAUGACCUUCGGGGUGGGCACGGUGGUGGCCCAGGGACGGAACAUCUCUGUGGACGGUGUGGCGGUGCCCGAGGGACAACCGUACCUGCACAACGGGAUCAGCGUGACGUGGCUGGGUGAGUGGGUGGCCGUGGCGAGUGCGCUGGGUGUGCGGGUGAGCUCGGACAGGAGCUGGGCAGUCACAGUGACAGUCGACACCGAGCUGUGGGGCGGCACACGGGGGCUCUGUGGCCCCUACAACGAUGACCCUACAGAUGACUUCCAGCAGCCCGGAGGGGACGUGGCCACCUUUGCUGCCAGCUUUGGUAACUCCUGGAAGAUCCCAGCCACCAGCCCCGAGCCCCGCUGCAGGGACGCGGUGGAGCUCAGCCCUGGUUGUGCAGCGGGCGAUGCGGCACGGCCGGCAGCCGAGGCCACGUGUGGGAAGCUCCUGGCCGAGCCCUUCCGUGAGUGCCAUGACAAGGUUGAGCCCGGUGGCUUCCACACUGCGUGCCUGGAGCUGCUGUGCCGGGAAGGCGAUGCAGGGCAGUUGCCGAGCCCCAGCAUCUGCGACACCUUCGCUGCCUAUGCACGGGAAUGUGCCCGGCACCAAACCAGCAUCGACUGGCGCCGGCCUGGCUUCUGCGAGCGGCACUGCGGCGCAGGACAGAGGUUCUCGGACUGCGUCUCCUCAUGCCCUGCCAGCUGUGCAGCUGUUGGCAGUGCCGAGGAUGGGCCGUGCCACCGGGACUGUGCCGGCGGCUGUGAGUGCACGCCAGGGCUCUACCGGGAUGGGGCGCUCUGCGUGCCCCCAAGCGCCUGCCCCUGCCACCACCGCCACCAGCGCUAUGCCCCGGGACAGAGCAUCCGCCAGCGCUGCAACCAGUGCGUGUGCCAGGGUGGACGCUGGCUCUGCAGCCAGGACCGGUGCCCUGCGGAGUGCACGGUGCUGGGCGGCCACCAUUACAUCACCUUCGACCGCCGGCGCUUCUCCUUCCUGGGCGCCUGUGCCUACACCCUGGUGCAGGACUUCGUGGAGGGGCAGCUGCUGAUCACGGCUGAGCACAAGGCUUGUGAUGGCCACCAGCGCCUCCACUGCCACCGGUCCCUCACCAUCACCGCUCGCCGGAUCUCUGCUCAUCUCCACGGCACAGGCGAGGUGAUGGUGGACGGGCAGGAGGUGACGCUGCCCUUUGCCAGUGCCGAGCUGAGCAUCCGGCGCGUGUCCUCGGCAUUCCUGCUGCUCCAGACCUUCGGGACCCACGUCCUGUGGGGGGUGGAGGCCCCCGCUGCCUACAUCACCCUCCAGCCCGCCUUCGCCCACAAGGUGCGGGGUCUCUGCGGCACCUACAACUGGAACCAGGGGGACGAGUUCACCACGCCAGCAGGUGAUGUGGAGAUCAGUGUCGCCGCCUUCGCCAACAAGUACCGGGUGUCCAGCGAGUGCCCCGCGCUCGGACCUGUCCCACUGGAGCCCUGCAGUGACUUUGCCGGGCAGCAGGAGCUCGCCGAGGCUGCCUGUGCCAUCCUGCAGGGCCCGGCCUUCCAGCCGUGUCACCAGGUUGUGGACCCGGAGCCGUUCCUGCAGCUCUGCCUGCGGGAUGCCUGCACCUGCCAGGAUGGGCAGCGCUGCCUGUGCCCGGUGUUGGCUGCCUAUGCCCGGGAGUGUGGCCAGGAAGGAGUGGAGCUGGUGUGGAGGAACCAGAGCUUCUGCGACAUGCCAUGCGGUGCGGGGCAGCGGUACCUGGACUGUGGCCGCCCCUGUGGCCAGACCUGCGCCGACCUGCGCGGUGACAGCAACGGGACCGGCUCCUGCCGCAACCUGGAUGGACUCUGUGUCCCCGGCUGCCAGUGCCCGGCCGGGCUAGUGCUGGCCGAGGGUGGGAUGUGCGUCCCGCCUGGAGCCUGCCCCUGCCACCACGGCACCGCGCUCCUCCCGCCUGGCAGCCACAUCCGCCGGAGCUGCAGCACCUGUGUCUGUGCCGGUGGGUCGUGGCGCUGCACUGCAGCCUCCUGCCCCAUGGCAGCCCUGUGCCCUGGGGGGCUGAUCCAUGUGCCAGGCUCCUGCCUGCGCCACUGCGACAGCGCCGAGCCCAACGGCACCUGUGCCGGCAUCACCGAUGGCUGCGUCUGCCCCCCUGGCACCGUCUUCCUGGAUGGGCGCUGCGUGUCUCCGGCUGAGUGCCCGUGCCAGCACGGCGGGCAGCUGUACCGGCCCAAUGACACCAUCAUCCGGGACUGCAACACAUGCGUGUGCCGGCAGCAGCGCUGGCACUGUGGCCAGGAGGAGUGCGCCGGCACCUGUGUGGCCACGGGGGACCCCCACUACAUCACCUUCGAUGGCCGAGCCUUCUCCUUCCCUGGCGACUGCGAGUACCUGCUGGCACGCGAGGCCGACGGGCUCUUUGCUGUCACCGCCGAGAACGUGCCCUGCGGCACCGGCGGCGUCACCUGCACCAAAUCAGUGGUGGUGGUGAUGGGCAACACCGUGGUGCACAUGCUGCGGGGGAGGGAUGUGAUGGUGAACGGGGUCCCGGUGCGACCGCCAAAAGCCUACACCGGCACUGGGCUGACGCUGGAGCGCGCCGGCCUCUUCCUCCUCCUCCUCACCCGCAUGGGGCUGGCGGUGCUCUGGGAUGGAGGCACACGGGUGUACGUCCGGCUGGAGCCGCGGCACCGGGGCCGUGUGGCUGGGCUCUGCGGCAACUUCGACGGUGACGCUGAGAACGAUCUCUCCAGCCGGCAAGGGGUGCUGGAGCCCAGCGCCGAGCUCUUCGGCAACUCCUGGCGUCUCAGCCUGCUCUGCCCCGAGGUGGACGGCACCAGUGCAUGGCACCCCUGCACCGAGAACCCACACCGGGCAGCGUGGGCCCGCCAGCGCUGCAGCAUCCUCCGGCAGCGGCUCUUUGAGCCGUGCCAUGACACAGUGCCGUGCCAGCGCUUCUACGACUGGUGCAUCUUUGAUGCCUGCGGCUGUGACUCCGGUGGGGACUGCGAGUGCCUGUGCACAGCCAUUGCCACGUACGCCGAGGAAUGUGGCCGGCGUGGCGUCCAUGUGCGAUGGAGGAGCCAGGAGCUGUGCCCCCUGCAGUGUGAGCGGGGGCUGGAGUACACCCCCUGCGGACCCCCCUGCCCCCCAACCUGCCACAGCCUUGGCCGCGAGCCCCCCGAGAGCUGCCGGGAUCUGUCCUGCCUGGAGGGGUGCUUCUGCCCCCCAGGGAGGGUCCUGCACCAUGGAGGCUGCAUCAAGCCCGACGAGUGCCCGUGCUUCUGGGACGGCUUCUCCUUCCCGCCCGGCGCCACGGUGCAGCAGGGCUGCAAGAACUGCACGUGCGUGGCGGGUGGGUGGCACUGCCCAUCCUCACCGGAGCCGUGCCCGCCGGCACCGUGCGCCGCGUGGGAGUUCUCGUGCCGCGCUGACGGGCGCUGCGUGCCGGGGGCCUGGGUGUGCGACAACGAGGAGGACUGCGGGGACGGCUCCGACGAGGUGUGCGCCCCGCGCUGCGCCCCGCACCAGCACCGCUGCGCCGGAGGGCAGUGCCUGGCAUGGGGAGCCCGCUGCGACGGUGUCCGCGACUGCGGCGACGGCUCCGACGAGAGCGGCUGCCCCACGGCCUCCUGCGCGCCCCCCGAGUUCUCCUGCGCCAGCGGGCGCUGCAUCCCCCCCGAGCGCGUCUGCGAUGGGGAGCUGGACUGCGGCCUCGCCGACGACUUGGAUGAAGCAGGCUGCAGCCCGAGCUGCGGCGCGGGUGAGUUCCGCUGCGCAUUGGGCCGGUGUGUGCCGUACCCGCACCGCUGCGAUGGCCGCGACGACUGCGGUGACUUCAGUGACGAGCGCGGCUGCGUCUGCCCCCCUGGGCACCUCCAGUGCCCCGACACACAGUGCCUGCCCCCAACCGCUGUCUGUGACGGCCACCGGGACUGUGCCAACGGCACCGAUGAGGAGUUCUGCCCAGACCGGGUGACCUGUGCCCCCGGGGAGCUCCCGUGCCCUGAUGGCUCCUGCAUCGGCGAGGCUGCGGUGUGCGACGGUGCCAGUGACUGUCGCGACGGCUGGGACGAGAGCCCGGCAGGGUGUGCGGCAGUGCUGCCCGCUGCCGUGCCCACCACCAACACCUCGGCAGCACCGGCAUGCGGCCCCUCGGCCUUCACGUGCCGCAGUGGGGAGUGCGCACCUCGGGGCUGGCUCUGCGACGGCGAGGCCGACUGCCAUGACGGCAGCGAUGAGCUGGGCUGUGCCGGCAGCUGUGAGCCCGGACACUUCCCCUGCGCCCACGGCACCGACUGCGUCCCCUAUGGACACCUCUGUGACGGCAUCCCGCAGUGCCGCGACCGCUCGGACGAAAGCGAGGACCGCUGUGGCUCCACCGCCAUCCCGCCGUGCCCCGGGCACUUUGCCUGCGGUAGUGGCCUGUGCCUCAACGUGUCGAGGGUCUGCGAUGGGAACACCGACUGCCCCCGGGGCGAGGAUGAGCUGCUCUGCGGGAGCCGCAGCCUCACCAGUGGGAGCAACAGGACAGGGGGGCCCUGCGCUGAAUACGCCUGCAGUGGGGGCGAGUGUGUUUCCUUCCAGCAGGUGUGCGAUGGCAUUCCGGACUGCGGUGCCGGUGGGGAGGACGAGCGGGAUUGUGGCGAGUGGGGGCUAUGGGGGCCAUGGGGCACCUGCACCCACUCGUGUGGCCCCGGCCUGCAGCGCCGCACACGGGGCUGCCACCAGCAGCGUCCUGGAUUGCUGCACCGGUGCCGCGGGCAGGCUGCGGAGCAGCAGCAGUGCUUCAGCAUCGCCUGCCCCAUUGACGGUGCCUGGGCCGAGUGGGGUCCCUGGUCCUCGUGCCCUGGGGGCUGCGGGGGGCUGCGGCAGCGGCAGCGGCAAUGCCAACCCCCUCGGAACGGAGGCCGCCUCUGUGGUGAUCUGCCUGGAGAGACCCCCGGUGCUCUUGAAACAGCCCCCUGCACCCCGGGGGGCUGCCCCAACACCUCCUCCUGCCCGGAGGGGCUGCGGCCAUGGCCCUGCGCUCCCUGCCCCGCGUCCUGCGCCGACGUCUCCACCGGAGCCGCUUGCCGGCAGGACCGGCCCUGCAGCCCAGGGUGCUGGUGCGCUGCGGGGCUGGUGCUGGACGAGGGCCGGUGCGUGCCUCCGCGGGAGUGCCCGUGCGAGGCCGGGGGGCUGCGGCAUGCCCCGGGGCAGCUGGUGAAGGUGGACUGCCGGCUCUGUGCCUGCCUGGGCGGGCAGCUCCGGCGCUGCCGGCAGAACCCGGACUGCGCCGUGCACUGCGGCUGGUCGGCGUGGUCGGCGUGGGGCGACUGCCCCGGGCCCUGCGGCACGCAGAGCGUGCAGUGGUCGUUCCGCAGCCCCACCAACCCCAGCCAGCGCGGCGGCGGCCGGCACUGCCGCGGCAUCUACCGCAAGGCUCGCAGGUGCCAGACGGCGCCGUGCCGGCAGUGCCAGUCCCGGGGCCGCCGGCGCGCACCGGGGGAGCGGUGGCGUGAGGAGCCGUGCCACGUGUGCCAGUGCCUGCCCAGCCUGGCCGUGCGGUGCUCGCCCUACUGCCCGCACCGCGCCGCCGGCUGCCCGCAGGGCCGGGUGCUGGUUGAUGGCCACGGGGACUCCUGUUGCUACUGUGCCCCCGCGGGUGACAACGUUACGGCCGCUCCCCCGGCGCUGCCGACAGCCGAGGCCCCCUCGUCCGCUCCAACAGAGCCCCCCGGCUCCUCCCUGCUCACCUUCCCGCUGCCUCCCGUUGGCGAUCCCUGCUUCCUCCCGCUGGGCACCGCGGCUCUCCCGGACCGCAGUUUCAGUGCCUCAUCGGCGCAGGCGGGGAGCCCGGCACACGCCGCCCGGUUGCCCGCUGGUGACCAUGGGGAGCCGCCGCAGGGCUGGGCCCCCCCGGAUGAUGCCUACGCGGCGCUGCCCGAGGAACCCCCCUUCCUGCAGCUGGACCUGCUGCAGCCCGCCAACAUCACCGGAGUGGUGGUGCGGGGAGCCGGCUCCUCCGAUGCCUUCGUCACCGCGUUCCUGCUGCAGUUCAGCGCCGAUGGCACCCGCUGGCACCGCUACCGAGACCUGACCAACGGCACCACCAACGCCCAGCUCUUCCAGGGCAACCAGGAUGCCAGCACGCCAGCGGUGCGGCUGCUAGGCCGCAUGGUACAGGCGCAGCACGUCCGCAUCCUGCCCCAGGACUUCCACAACCGCAUUGUGCUGCGUGCGGAGCUGCUGGGCUGCCCCCCAGUACCCCCAGCCCGGCAUGGGGCUGCGACAGUGACACCGGUGAUGCUGCCAGUGAUACCGAUGACGCCGGUGACACUGACGGUGCCGGUGACACGGAGCCAGCACCCCUGUGCCAUGGGGGAGUUCCGGUGCGGAAGCGGGGAAUGUGUCCUCGGGGGUCCGCGGGGUCCCCUCUGUGAUGGUGUCACCGACUGCCCCGAUGGCACUGAUGAGGCCAGCUGUGGGCCCCGCAGCACCACCAGGUACAUCCCCAGCCCUGCGGCCCCCAUAGCAGCCGGUGUUUUGGUGCUGAGCACGACCACGCAGCCACCGCCAGUGUCCCCAGCCACGGUGUCCCCUGGGAUGGGGACCCAGCUGCCACCCAAAGGUGCUGAGCCCACUCCACCAGGGCAUCCAGGGGCUGAACCCCUUCCCCAACCCCACAUGAUGGCUGUGGGUCCCCACACAACUGCAGCUAGCAGCCCCAUGGAGCCGGGAGUCACGGAGCCAGCACCGGCCCCCCCUGACACCCCAACAACCCCCAGCACCCCGGGGAUAGGCACCAGCAUCCCCACAGGGCCACCCUCUACCGGAUCCCCCCCAGCACUGACAGGGGUCUCCAGCCCUAGCCCCCAAGGCACCUGUGAUCCGGCUCCUUGGGGGAACUGGGGUCCCUGCAGCCGCUCCUGUGGGCUGGGGGUCACCCUGCGGCGGGCCCUGCCAGGGGGGGGCUGCUCACCGACCCCCCCCGACACCCGCGUCUGCUUCCUGCGCGCCUGCCCAGUGCCUGGUGGAUGGGCAGACUGGGGGUCCUGGUCCCCCUGCGACGCCACGUGUGGGGGGGGCGUGCGGAGCCGGGAGCGGAGCUGCAGCGACCCCCCCCCAAAGAACGGGGGGGCUCCGUGCCCGGGGGAGCAUCUUCAGACCCAGCCCUGCAGCCUCCAGCCCUGCGGGAGCCCCCCAGCCUGCGGCCCCCGCAUGGUGCUGGUGCGGGCCGAGGACUGCGAGGGGGAACGGGAGCCCCCCUGCACCCGGAGCUGCGGUGACCUCGGUGGCAACGGCACCUGCGAGCGGCGCUGCCAGGCCGGGUGCUGGUGCCCGCCGGGGCUGUUCCUGCAGGACGGCGGCUGUGUCGAUGCCGGUGAGUGCCGGUGCCAUGUGCCCGGUGAGCAGCUCCGGCCCGGCGAGGUGUUCCUGCGGGGCUGCCGGCGGUGCACGUGCCAUAACGGGACCGUGACGUGCGAGGCCACGUCCUGCGCUGUGGACUGCGGCUGGUCCGCGUGGUCACCGUGGACCCACUGCAGUGGCGGCUGCGGCGCGGGGACGCAGGAGAGGUUCAGGUCACCCACCAACCCCGCGGCGGCUGCCGGCGGAGCGCCCUGCACCGGGGCGGCGUGGGAGCUGCGCCAGUGCCACGGGCCCUGCGGCACCGGUGGGAUGGGGGAACACCCCGGGAUCUCCCGCAGCACCGGCACCACCGGGGCCAUGGUGUGCGGCACCGAGCCCUGCGCAGAGGAGCCGUGGGGCGCGUGGUCGCCGUGGGGCCCCUGCAGCGUCUCCUGUGGAGGUGGCGAGCGGCUGCGCCGGCGGCAGUGCCAUCAGCCCGAGUGUGUGGGGCUGGGCCUGCAGAGCCAGAUGUGCAACACCCAUGUGUGCCGUGACUCGGGCUGCCCGCGGGGGCGGGUGUUCCGCGAGUGCGUGGGCGGGGCCUGCCCGUUCAGCUGCGCGCACGUGUCCGGGCGCGUGGGCUGCGGGGGCGGGGCCUGCGCCCAGGGCUGCGGCUGCCCCGUGGGGACCUUCCUGCACCGCGGGGAUUGCGUGGGGCAGUGCCCGUGUGCGCUGCCGGCCCAGCUCCUGCGGGAGCUGCAGAACGGAUCCACCGGCACUGCCGAGCCCCGGCUGCUGCCCGGGCAGGAGCUGCCCGCGGGGGGCACCGUGCGCACGGCCUGCACCAACUGCACGUGCCAUCACGGCCACCUGAACUGCACGGAGCUGGGGAGCUGCCGCCGGGAUGGGGCUUGGGGGUCCUGGAGCCCCUGGAGCCCCUGUGCACCCACAUGCGGGGGGCUGGGGCUCAGCACACGCCAAAGGGGCUGCACCAGCCCCACACCGGCCUAUGGGGGCCGGGACUGCACCGGAGCCCGCACCGACACCAUGUACUGCCGGACCCCCGACUGCCCCGCCAUGCCCACCCCCACGUCGAGGCCCAGCCCCACAUCCCCAGGCCCUGAGGCCGAGGGAGGCUUCGGGCCCUGGUCCCCCUGGAGCCCCUGCUCCAGGACCUGCACCCGCCCCGAGGCUCCGGCCACCAAGAGCCGCAACCGCUCCUGCAGCGGCGCCGGGGACUGCAGCGGGGAGAGCGAGCAGCAGCGGGCCUGCAACCUGCCCCACUGCGACGCCCCCCCCUGCCCCGGUGGGGCCUGUGACUGCGAGUGGACGCCGUGGGGCCAGUGGGGCGGCUGCUCCCGCAGCUGCGGGGGGGGGCUGCAGCUGCGCCUGCGGGCGUACACCCCCCCCGGGCCGGGGGGGCGCUGGUGCCCCGACAUCGGCAGCGCCAGCACCGAGCGUCGCGCCUGUGGCCUGCGCCCCUGCACCGUGAACGGCGCCUGGUCCCCCUGGAGCCCCUGGUCCCGGUGUGACCGGACGUGCGGGGGGGGCCGCUCCCUGCGCAGCCGCUCCUGCACCCGGCCCCCUCCCAAGAACGGGGGUGAGCCCUGCCCGGGGGAGCGGCACCAGCUGCGGCUCUGCAACCCCCAGCCCUGCGGGCAGAGCUGUCCCCCGGGCACGGUGCUGGUGCCCUGCGCCAACCGGUGCCCGCGGCACUGCGGGGACCUGCGUGCGGGGCUGUCCUGCGGGCCCGAGGAGCGCUGCCGGCCCGGCUGCCGCUGCCCCGACGGGUCCCUGGAGCAGGACGGCGCCUGCGUGCCCCUCACCCGCUGCGAGUGCACGGACGCGGCCGGGCGCGGGUGGGAGCCCGGGAGCCGCCACCGCGAUGGGUGCGAGAGCUGCGAGUGUGAGAGCGGGCGCCUGCGCUGCGCCCCCGACGGGUGCCCCCUGCCCCGGUGCCGCUGGAGCCCCUGGGGCCGGUGGGAGCCCUGCAGCGUGACCUGCGGGCACGGGCGGCAGCACAGGCACAGGACCGCCAUCGCAGUGGCGGGUGCUGUGCCAUGCGAGGGCCCGCAGGAGCAGAGCCGGGACUGUGCCGAGGGGCCCUGUCCGGCCCUGUGCCCGCGGGAGGGCGGCAAUGGGAGCCUGGGGGAGAGCUGGAUGCAGGGACCCUGCCGGCAAUGCACCUGCACCCCCGAGGGCAUCCAGUGCCAGGACAUCCCCUGUGACGACCUCUGCCUCUGGGGGUCGUGGGGGCCCUGGGGACCCUGCCAGGACCCCUGCAGCGGUGGCUACCGCCUGCGCCAGCGCCGGCCCCAGCACCCGGCGGGUGAUCGGCAGUGCCACGGGGCCCGUGCCCAGACCCAGAGCUGCAACACCGCUGCCUGCGCAGGCGAGGGGUGUGAUGAGCGUGGACGGGUCUUCACCAUGUCCUGCGCCAACCGGUGCCCCCAUGCCUGCGCUGACCUCUGGCCCCACGUCGAGUGUCUGCAGGGACCCUGUGAACCGGGGUGCCGGUGCCCCCCGGGACAGCUGCUGCAGGAUGGGCUGUGUGUGCCGGUGGGCCAGUGCCGCUGCGGGCUGCCCACUGCCAACGGCACCCGGGAGCUGUGGCCAGGGCAGGCGGCCGAGCACGGCUGCCACAACUGCACCUGCAGGAACGGGACCUUCACCUGCCCGGCACUGGCGUGUCCUGUCUAUGGGCCCUGGUCCCCAUGGAGCCCCUGCUCCCGCAGCUGUGGUGGUGGCAACACCUCCCGGCACCGUGAGUGCCAGGAGAGCGCUGGGGGGGAGCCCUGCAGUGCCACUGACACUGAGGAGAUGGCUGAGUGCAACCUGCAGCCAUGCCCCGGCGGCUGCCGGCUGAGCCCCUGGUCCCCGUGGAGCCGCUGCAGCACCACCUGCGGUGGAGGCACCUCCGAGCGCCGCCGGGAGCUGCUGCCGGGGCCGGGGGGGCCGUGUCCCCUCCUGCCGCCGCCGCUGCUGCUGCUGCACCGCGUCUGCAGCGCCCGCAACUGCUCCCCGGAGUGCCCCGGCGGGCAGCGGCUCGGUCCCUGCGCCAACGCCUGCCCCCGGCACUGCGCGCACCUCGGCCCCGGGGCGCGCUGCGUGACACGGAGCUGCCAGCGCGGCUGCGCCUGCCCGCACGGACAGGUGCUGCAGGACGGGGCCUGUGUCUCCCCUGCACUGUGCCGCUGCCACCUGCCCCCUGCCCUGGCUGCAGCACUCAACCUCUCCCUGGCACUGGAGCUGGCUCCGGGCACCAGCCUGCAGCACGGCUGCACCCGAUGUGUCUGUAUCCACGGCACCUUCAACUGCUCCCAGGAGGAAUGUAAUGCAGACUGCCUGUGGUCCCCAUGGUCACCCUGGUCCCCCUGCUCGGUGACAUGUGGGACUGGUGAGCAGCAUUCCCAGUAUCACCCACUCUGGCAGUGCCAGCAGGCAGGGGCAGAGUGCCAUGCACCAUCCUGUGCCACAUGGCGCCGGUGCCAUGUCCCUGUGCCACAUGCAGCCUGUCCUGCCGGUGAGCGCUGGCAGGGCCCCGAUGCGCCGGACGGCUGUGACCGGAGCUGCGAGGACAUUGCGGAGACCUGGCACAACUGCAGCGUCCCCCUGGCCCCCGGCUGCUCCUGCCAGCCCGGGCACUACCGCAACAGCACCGGACACUGCGUCCCAGCCGCCCGCUGUGAGUGCCGGCACCGCGGGCAGCUGCACCAGGCCGGCAGCACGUGGGAGGAUGGGUGUCAGAUGUGCCGCUGCCAGGAUGGGAGAGUGACCUGUGCCGCUGGCUGUGCCCCACUGGCCUGCCCGGAGGGCACAGUGAAGGUUCGGGAGCCGGGGGGCUGCUGCCCCGUGUGCCGGGAGGAGUGGCCGGAGGAGCCGCCCGCCGCCUGCCGCCGCCUCACCGAGCUCCGCACCAUCGCCAAGGGCCCCUGCGCCCUGCGCGGCGUCGAGGUCUCCUUCUGCGCCGGGCACUGCCCGUCCCGCACCACCGUCACCGCCGAGGAGCCGUACCUGCAGAGCGUGUGCGAGUGCUGCAGCUACCGCCUGGACCCCGCCGGCCCCGUGCGCGUCCUGCGGCUGCCGUGCCCCGGCGGGCAGAGCGAGCCCGUGGUGCUGCCCGUCAUCCGCAGCUGCCAGUGCAGCCCCUGCCAGGGUGGGGAUUUCUCCCGCCGCUGAGAGCCCUCCAGGGUGCUCCGGACACUGCCCCCCUCUGCAAUAAAGCUGCGGGAACAGCCCCCACAUCCAGCAGCAGGGACUGGGAAGGGACUG